UAAAGUAUUUCAUUUCCACUCCUCACAUACACAAACACACAUAACAAUUUAUGGCUACCAUCCUCCUCAUCUUCAUCCUCCUCCUCCUCCCUCUUCUCCUCUACAUCAUCAAAACAAGAUUCCAAACCCUUCCACUGCCACCAGGCCCUAAGGGCUACCCUAUAAUUGGAAACAUCCUCAUGAACAACCACUUAACCCACAGAGGUCUCAUGCAACUUUCCCUAAACUAUGGUGGCCUUCUCCAUCUCCGUCUUGGUUUCCUCCACACCAUUGCCAUCUCCACCCCACAAAUGGCCCAACAAGUCCUACAACACCAAGACCUCCUCUUCUCCAACCGCCCUGCCACCCUUGCCAUUAAGUACCUCACCUACAACCGUGCUGACAUGGCCUUCGCUCACUACGGCCCUUUUUGGCGCCAAAUGCGCAAGCUCUGCGUAGUUAACCUCUUCAGCCGCCACCGUGCGGAGUCUUGGUCCUCUGUCCGUGAAGAGAUUGACAAAACUAUCCAAACAAUCUUUGUUUCCUUCUCCCAUCACCGGUGUGUCAACCAUGGUGAAACUGUCUUCAAUCUCACCAAGAAUAUCACUUUUAGAGCAGCUUUUGGGUCACAGUCUCAUGAAGAGCAAGACAAGUUUAUAGAGAUUCUUCAGGAGUUCUCCAAGCUUUUUGGAGCUUUUAAUGUUGGUGACUUCAUUCCUUGGCUUGGGUGGUUGGACUUGCAAGGGCUUAAUAAGAGGCUUGUUAGGGCUAGGGUUUCUCUUGAUAAGUUUAUUGAUAGGAUUAUUGAUGAGCAUAUGAAGAAGCCUAAGGCUAUUGAUGCUGUUGAUGCUGAUAUGGUUGAUGUUAUGCUUGCUUUUCUUGAUGAUGAUGAGUCUAAGUUAAUGAAGGAUGAUGAUGAGUUGAAGGCUUCCCUUAAGCUCACUAGAGAUAACAUCAAGGCCAUUAUCAUGGACGUGAUGUUCGGAGGCACAGAAACAGUAGCCUCAGCAAUCGAAUGGGCAAUGGCCGAGCUUCUCCACAGCCCCGGUGAGAUGGCCAUCGUCCAAGCCGAGCUAGCCUCCGUUGUCGGCCUCCACCGCCAAGUCCUCGACUCCGACCUCGACCACCUCCGCCACCUCAAACGAGCCAUCAAAGAAACCCUCCGUCUCCACCCACCCAUCCCUCUCCUCCUACACGAAACCUCCCAACCCACCCAACUUUCCGGCUUCUUCAUCCCUUCUAAAUCCCGGGUCAUGAUCAAUGCUUUCGCCAUUGGCCGUGACCCAUCUUCUUGGAAAGACCCAAAUUCUUUCAGGCCUUCAAGGUUUGCUCCCGGUGGAGAUGCUGAAGGGAUUGAUUUUAAAGGGAACUUCUUUGAGCUCAUACCGUUUGGGUCAGGGAGGAGGUCAUGUCCGGGCAUGCAGUUAGGGUUGUAUGGGUUGGAGUUGGCGGUGGCACAGUUGCUGCAUUGUUUCACGUGGGAGUUGCCCGAUGGGAUGCGGCCGGAGGAGCUUGAUAUGGAGGAUGUCUUUGGGUUGACUGCGCCAAAGGCUGUGCGUCUUUGUGCUGUUCCUACGUAUAGGCUCACUUGUUCUUUGGUUUGAGUUUUGGUCUUGUUUAUGCUUUUGUUCUUUUGGUUCGUUUCUUG